GCCACCAUGGAGCCUCGCGGGGUAGCGGGGCGGACGGAGCCGCGGGCCGGCGUCUGAAGGGGGAGAGCAGUAGCGCGGCCAGCGCCGGCCGGCGCCGCUGGGGACACGCAGGCCGGUCCCGCAGCCGCCACCAUGUCGGUGCUGGGCGAGUACGAGCGACACUGCGACUCCAUCAACUCGGACUUUGGGAGCGAGUCCGGGGGUGGCGGGGACUCGGGCCCCGGGCCCAGCGCCGGUCCCGGGCCGCGAGGCGGCGGCGGCGGCGGCGGCGGCGGCGGCGGCGGCGCGGCGGAGCAGGAGGAGCUGCACUACAUCCCCAUCCGCGUCCUGGGCCGCGGCGCCUUCGGGGAGGCCACGCUGUACCGCCGCACGGAGGAUGACUCACUGGUUGUGUGGAAGGAAGUUGAUUUGAUCCGACUGUCAGAGAAGGAACGUCGUGACGCCUUGAAUGAGAUUGUUAUUCUGGCGCUGCUGCAGCAUGACAACAUUAUUGCCUACUACAAUCACUUCAUGGACAAUACCACCCUGCUGAUUGAGCUGGAAUAUUGUAACGGAGGGAACCUGUAUGACAAAAUCCUUCGUCAGAAGGACAAGUUGUUUGAGGAAGAGAUGGUGGUAUGGUACCUAUUUCAGAUUGUUUCAGCAGUGAGCUGUAUCCAUAAAGCUGGAAUCCUUCAUAGAGAUAUAAAGACAUUAAAUAUUUUUCUGACCAAGGCAAACCUAAUAAAACUUGGAGAUUAUGGCCUAGCCAAGAAACUUAAUUCUGAGUAUUCCAUGGCUGAGACGCUUGUAGGAACUCCAUAUUACAUGUCUCCAGAACUUUGCCAAGGAGUAAAAUACAAUUUCAAGUCUGAUAUCUGGGCAGUAGGCUGUGUCAUUUUUGAACUGCUUACCCUAAAAAGAACAUUUGAUGCUACAAAUCCACUCAACUUGUGUGUGAAGAUUGUACAAGGAAUCCGGGCCAUGGAAGUUGAUUCUAGCCAGUACUCUUUGGAACUGAUUCAAAUGGUCCAUGCAUGCCUUGACCAGGAUCCUGAGCAGAGACCCACAGCAGAUGAACUUCUGGAUCGCCCCCUUCUCAGGAAGCGCAGGAGAGAGAUGGAGGAAAAAGUCACACUGCUUAAUGCACCUACAAAAAGACCAAGGUCAAGCACUGUGACUGAAGCACCCAUUGCUGUGGUAACAUCACGAACCAGUGAAGUCUAUGUUUGGGGCGGUGGAAAAUCCACUCCCCAGAAACUGGAUGUCAUCAAGAGUGGCUGUAGUGCCCGGCAGGUGUGUGCAGGGAAUACCCACUUUGCUGUGGUCACAGUGGAGAAGGAACUAUACACCUGGGUGAACAUGCAAGGGGGUACUAAACUCCAUGGUCAGCUGGGCCACGGAGACAAAGCCUCCUACCGACAGCCAAAGCAUGUGGAAAAGUUGCAAGGCAAAGCUAUCCGUCAGGUGUCAUGUGGUGAUGAUUUCACUGUCUGUGUGACAGAUGAGGGUCAGCUCUAUGCCUUUGGAUCCGAUUAUUAUGGCUGCAUGGGGGUAGACAAGGUUGCUGGGCCCGAAGUACUAGAACCAAUGCAGCUGGACUUCUUCCUGAACAAUCCAGUGGAGCAGGUCUCCUGUGGAGAUAAUCAUGUGGUGGUUUUGACACGAAACAAAGAAGUCUUUUCUUGGGGCUGUGGCGAAUAUGGACGACUGGGUCUGGAUUCAGAAGAGGAUUAUUAUACACCACAAAAGGUGGAUGUUCCCAAGGCCUUGAUUAUUGUUGCAGUUCAGUGUGGCUGUGAUGGGACAUUUCUGCUGACCCAGUCAGGCAAAGUGCUAGCCUGUGGACUCAAUGAAUUUAACAAGCUGGGUCUGAAUCAGUGCAUGUCUGGAAUCAUCAACCAUGAAGCAUACCAUGAAAUUCCCUACACAACCUCCUUUACCUUGGCCAAACAGCUCUCCUUUUAUAAGAUCCGUACAAUUGCCCCAGGCAAGACUCACACAGCUGCUAUUGAUGAGCGAGGCCGGUUGCUGACCUUUGGCUGCAACAAGUGUGGACAGCUGGGCGUUGGGAAUUAUAAGAAGCGUCUAGGAAUCAACCUGUUGGGAGGACCCCUAGGUGGGAAGCAAGUGAUCAGGGUCUCCUGCGGUGAUGAGUUUACCAUUGCUGCCACUGAUGAUAAUCACAUUUUUGCCUGGGGCAAUGGUGGUAAUGGCCGCCUGGCAAUGACCCCCACAGAGAGACCACAUGGCUCUGAUAUCUGCACCUCAUGGCCCCGGCCUAUUUUUGGAUCUCUGCAUCACGUCCCAGACCUAUCUUGCCGAGGCUGGCACACCAUUCUCAUUGUUGAGAAAGUGUUGAAUUCCAAGACCAUCCGUUCCAAUAGCAGCAGCUUAUCCAUCAGAACUGUGGUUCAGAGCUCUAGCCCAGGAGGCGGCGGCGGUGGGGGAGAAGAGGAGGACAGUCAGCAGGAAUCUGAAACUCCUGAUCCAAGCGGAGGCUUCCGAGGAACAAUGGAAGCAGACCGAGGAAUGGAAGGUUUAGUCAGUCCCACGGAGGCCAUGGGGAUCAGUAGUGGGGCCAGCAGCUCCUGCCCUGGCUGGCUUCGAAAGGAGCUGGAAAAUGCAGAAUUCAUCCCCAUGCCUGACAGCCCAUCUCCCCUAAGUGAAGCUUUUCCAGAAUCUGAGAAAGAUACCCUGCCAUAUGAAGAGCUACAAGGACUCAAAGUGGCCUCUGAAGCUCCUUCGGAACACAAGCCCCCAGUAGGAGCCUGGCCACCUCGGCUGAAUCCUGCAGAGACAUGUGCUGGGAAGGCAACGCCAUUAACUCCUACCUGUGCGUGCAGCACUCUGCAGGGAGAGGUUGAGAGAUUGCAGGGGCUGGUGUUAAAGUGUCUGGCUGAACAACAGAAGCUACAGCAAGAAAACCUCCAGAUUUUUACCCAACUACAAAAGCUGGACAAGAAAUUAGAAGGAGGGCAGCAGGUGGGGAUGCAUUCCAAAGGAACUCAGACAGCAAAAGAAGAGAUGGAAAUGGAUCCAAAGCCUGACUUAGAUUCAGAUUCCUGGUGCCUCCUGGGAACAGACUCCUGUCGACCCAGCCUCUAGUCUCCUGAGCCUGUAUGGCCUCCAGGAAACUGGGAUCCAAAGAACUUCACAGCACACUUACUGAAUGCAGAGAGCGCUUUCCUGGCUUUGUUCACUUGCAGACAAGGAGUGCAAGGCGGAGGCUCUGAAGCACUUUCCGUGUACACUUGGGGAGUGGCAUGGCCUGUUAGAUAGGAUCUAGGAGUGGUUUUGUUUCGGAGAAUGGAAGGGCCCCAUGGCCCUGGCUUUGUCCUCAGUGACUGCCAUAGCAGCAGCAGCUCUGUACCUCAUCUGGUGAUCCCACCUUUGAAGAGGAGACAAAAUGCUCACCUUAAUUUUGUUGGUAGCAGCUUAUGUCCCGUUUAUCAUUUCACCAUUACUUGGAAGCUGCCUUGGGAAUUCAGCACCAGGCAUUGCACCUCUGGGUGGAGGAGGGAAAAGUGUAAAACUCGAGUGGGCUGGAACCAGGUGGGGCCCAUCCAGAGUCAUCUGGAGAGUGCUGAAGUGGUAAAGCCCUCUCAGGAGCCCUGAGUCUGGGAAACUACGUCUGGUGGAGUCAAUCUAGGACUUGUUUUCAGAAAGUUCAGUUACUUUGCGUUAGCCAAAUGCUUUAGGAGGAAAAGUGGGUUUAGACUGCUUUUCCUCUGAAGGUCGAUUAAAAUGUCUUUAGUGAGGAGGAAACAAAGAAGGCUAGGUCCCUCCUCAUCACACAGCUGGGGUUGCUGUCUGUGGCCAUUGCAGGUUGGAUUUCCUAACUUUGGAAGGUACCUCUAAAAGGUGAGGUAUCCCAUAGAGAAUUGAGUCAGUGGGGCAAUAGGAAUGACCUUAAGAGAAAACCAUAAGGGAGAGAGGUCCUCCUUUAGCUGCCUCUACUUGGUAUCUUUGGGAAGGUCUAGAGUACCUCUGCCUUCAUGGCUCUUAGGGUUCUAACCUCAACUUCAGCAGCCCCAACCACUCCCUUUCUGUAUGUCUAGUCAGUAUUUGUCCCCUUUUGGUGUUUUAUGAAGCCAUAUCAGUGAAUCUGUAUCAUCUUUCCUACUUGAGUGGCCCAAAGCCAGCACCAAACCUGGUAGUCCCUGAAGCCUAACAGGACAGGUAGGAGCUACCAAGUGAAAGGAAUUUGGCUGAUCCCACAGUCAUUGUGUCCUUAUAGACAAGAAGCAAGCCAGCUUUCCCGAAGAGAGAGUGUCCUCAAAGCUUUUGAUAGUUUUACUUAAGGAUGUCAACUUUGUGUUUUCACCUCGCCUUAUAAAAUGUUCCUUUAGUAUUUUGGGUCAUAGGAGUUGCCUUGAUGAGUCUCACAUGCCCCCUCCUUAGAAGCCACUAAAUUACUUUUUGUUUCAUUUUCCCCAAAUCAAAAAAUGAAUGUUUAAUAUCUCUUUAACAUUUUGGAAGGACCUGUGCGAUGGAAAUUUUGCCAUUUCCCUGAAACUGGUGGUGUAAAGGCUGAUGCUUGGGGGAAACCCCAUGGCUGGGGACGGGCAACUCUGUUCAAUGGGAUGUCUUUGGUUUGAUGUUCCCAUUGUUUUCUCAAUUCUGGGAAGCCUAGUACAAUGGUACUAAUGUAAUCUCUAAAGCCUUUUCUUAAAAUAAGGGAAGGGGCCAACCCUGGAUUAAAGUUACAAGUUCUGGGGACUUGGGGGUUUGCUGUAAACCCUAACAGUGGGUUUUGGUUCAUCAUGUAAAUGCACCUUUGUUUUUUUUUUAAGGACUGACUGGCUCUUCAUGUUCCUGUAUCCCUCAUACUCACCAUCUCAGCAGGACUGAGAGGCAGGCUCAGUUUGGGUGUUAAUCCUGAGUAUUGCUUCUGCUGUGGAACUGAGGAACAGGGUCACGUUGCUGAGACAGGGGUGGGAGUGAGCAUUGAAGGGAGGGGUGAGCCCUGCUCUUGUUCCAGAGGGGAGCCAUUCUCUAGCAGGGGAACACUGCUCAUUUUCUCUAGCAUGUUCCCAUGGGAAGUCUAGUUUGCUGUUAAUCUGGCUGAGAAUCUGAGUUCUGUGCCUUAGAGACAAUUUGCACUUUACCAAAUUGUGCCUGGGACAGCCGUAUGAUUUUUCCCACCAAAUAGCUAUGCAAACAGAAACCAAUUCAAAGGUGGCAGCCAUGCAUUAGAUAAAAAGUGAAAGGUUAGGCAGCAGCAAUGCCUUUGAAUAGUUUUCUGUAGCUAAUUCUCUUGGAGUUUGUCCUGCUUUUCUUCUUUCUGCAGUGCUAGGUGUUUUCAGUUUCCCAGUAGUAUUGCUUUUGAGUUAUAGUAUAACCUGAGUUAUUCCUCUGCUCUGACAUUGUUGCUGAAGAACUAGCUCAUUGUUAGCCAGAUGUUUGAAAGGUUGAGGGUGGAGUGGUUUGGCAUUUCUGUUUUAAAUAAACAUUUAAACUCUCAAUCAGUGCUAUGCCUGCGCAUGGACCUUAGUCACUGGGAUGAAACACCCAGAUCCUAGGCCUUCAUGAAUCUUUGAUUCAAUGAGUCUUUAUCUAAAUAAAUAAAAGACCUUGUAACAGAAACAACACAAGGAACAUUUGCACAAAUAAUCUUUGCUUUCUUCCAGUUUCUUUUUCUUGCUCACAGUAUCAUUUCUGCUGCUACAACUUUUUCUCCCCAGACUUCUCAAAUAUAGUGCUUUAAAUGCAGAGUGAAGGAAAAAAAUGAGCCACUGAAAGAGGAAGGAAGGAUCAUUUCUUGUACUUACCUCCUGAAUCACAGUGGACUUUUUCAAGUGAUAAUGUGUGUCUACGUUUACAAAAUUGUUUUCCCUCAAAGAAGGUGAACUGUAUUUGGUCUCCCUGGCAUUGCACAGCCAAGUUAUCACUUCUCUUGGCUGAGCAUUUCACUAAAGUUUAAAGCAAAAGUGGCCUUAAACUCACAUUUCAUUUGAUUUGCCAUAUAUUUGGAAACCUUCAUAAUAGAAAGAACAGCUCUGGAGUGAGGAUGUAUUACAAAUAAAUUCUUUCAAAUGAGUA